UUUGCAAAAUGGGUCUAGAACAAACUCUGUAAAAUUAGAGUUUUUAUUUUGGUCUAUAGUUUAUGUUCUCAUGUUGUAACAAACAGAUUUGGUGAAAAGGGUUGUUUGUGUUUUGUAUUGUGAUGUAUUGUUUACUGAAAUGUAUCAGUUUGCUUCUUUUAGUGAAAUGUGCUUAUUUGCUUAAAAUUUUUGUUAAAAAUUACAGCUUUUUAAUCAUCCUGCUUGAGAAAACCUUAUUAGCAAUAGCGAACAAUGAAAGCUAAAAGAAGAGGAGAAACGUAGAAAGACCUUGGGAUUUGUACAUACAUUGGAGUUUUGAAAUAUUAGUGCCUUCUCUUUUUUUUUGUUGCUGUUGUUACAUGAUAUAAGAGUAGAAAACUAUAACUGCGUGUAUCAAUAUGGCUUUACCACUUGUGGUCAUGUUCCCGAAUUCAACCACUCUUGUCCUGGCCGGAAGCUGGAAUAGUAGUCCUGGUGAGAGUAGGAUGAAUAGAGACACCGCUACAAUCACCGGUCCCCAAUCUGUGCUCAUCUAUAAAGAGGGAGACAAAGUGGAGAGAGUUAUGUAUAAGAAGGCUUGUACUAAUGGUGUUGAAUUCGAGCUCAAGAAUCAAUGUGGGUCAAAUGGGCAGACAUUUUUAGGUUCAUCAGUGAUUGGUUUGGAGCAGAGAUGUGACAGUUAUGAGCAGUUAACACCUGUAGCCAUAUCGCGUUUAGGUGCUACUUCGAAUACUGUUUAGAUUCGGGUACAAUACUUCCAUACAUAACACAUUGCCUUAAACUAGACUGCAUAACCUCGUUGACUACACACAUUAAUAGAUACUGAUUUUUGUAUAUUA